UAUGUGCUGGUGGAGCCUAUCUGUGACCUGUGUUCCUGUGGAGAGAACGGUGUCCGCGGUCGUUUUCUUCCAAACGACUGAGCCUGCGAGAUUCGACAAACAUCAUGUACGAAAGUUGGGUGUUGUAAUUUCUAUUGUGCGAAGGGAUUUUCCAAGGGAACCUUCUUAUCUUUUUUUUUUAAAAAAACAGAGAUAUUCGUUGUCCUUUCAUUUAUGACAGAGGCGCAGCUGCAACCUGCAAGAGACGUUCAUCUUAUUAUAGCUGCCCUCUUUACGACCAUGCUCCCAUUUUGACUGUGGUGCCGUGCAAUUUGGCGAAAUGGGAUUCUAAUGGAUUUUGAACGUGAACUUGGAUGGAGGGAAAUGUUUUUCGUGAAUGAGGGAUUCUGAGCUUUCCAUUCUGUAGUCUAUUGUUGCCAGAACUUCUGAAGGCAGUUGCAGUAAAAUUAAUGGAAUAUUUUUCCCUUGGCUGUUUGAUAUUAAUAAUUGAAAGAAAGAAGGAAGUUUGUAUUGUGGGAUUUGGAUAGUGUUUUUUUUUCCCCGUGGAAGGGAGAGCGAAAAAUGGAUUUGUGGGUUGUUGCAGCUGCUACAGGAGCCGGGUAUUUAGCUAAAUAUUGGAAAAGAAUUUCAAAGAAUAGCGAUGGCACAUUUCAGUUGUCUCUGUCUUCAGAGGAUUCCAAGGUUGAGAAUUCUGAGUCCCUUAGCUGUCCCUUCGCCAGACAAGCAUGGAACGAUGGAUUAGGCAAAGUUUUUUCUUCAAAUAUAUAUUUACUGGAUGGACCUAUGGCAGGAGAAAUGGCUUCUACAGCUAUCAGAGGGCUUGAUAAUGAAGAAAUAAGAGGCUUCAGAACUUACAGCAAGAGCAGUGUACUUUCUCUAUCAAACCUAUCAUUACCAAUAUCACCAAACGAGAACUACAAGGACAUUGAAAAUGUAAAUGAGCAAAGCUCUAACAUAGCUAGCAAUUAUGGAUUCCAUUUUUCUGAUUCUUCCGCAGAAGUUGGUUCUAAAUAUUAUUCUGCUGGAAGGAAAAUCUCUCUCAGGACUAAACAUUUGCUUGGACAUUUUAUUAGACCCGUAAGUUCAUUAGACAGUUGCUUGUUGGCACAGCUGCUCAAGGAACAUGCCAAAUUAGAAGAAUAUGUCUUUAGCUCUCAUAUAUCGCCCUCCACAGCCACAAGGUCAUUUUUUGUUAGUGAUGGGAACCAAAUAGUCAGCGGAAAAAGUAUUGAUUCUUCCAAUGCAUUGAUUCAAAGCGAGGACUGUAAGCUGCAUGAGAAAGACUUUCAUGAAAAAGAUGAAAAUGUAUUUGGGAUUCCAUCUUUACCAAAAAUUGGAUCUUCCGAGGAUCCUAACAAGGUGAAAUUUAAGGUAGGAAAAGGGAGGAGUGGAAGAUUGAGCUCUUCCAAUAAUGUGUUCAGCAGAAAGCACAUGCAUUCUCAACAUGAUACAAUGUUCCUCUUCAGUCUCGGAAUUUCCUUUGGCAUAAUAGCUUUCUCCAUGACAAAUAAAAGAGAAUUUGAUAAUUUAAGAGGAUUGCUGAGGCAAACCGAAAACUUGGUUCAAGAUCUACAAGAGGAACUUGAAAUGAAAAAUUCAGUAACAGUAAAGGAGCUGCAUAAUGAGAAUUAUGGUCCACUGGACAUGUGUGAUCAUUCCUUUUAUGAGAGAGACACGAGCAGGUGUUCCCCGGAAAAGCAUAUUGAUACCUCUCCAAGAAAUAACUACAAAGAAUUACAUGAUCAGAGGGAAGAAGAAAGUUCAGGAUCUAUGAGCAAAAUUGAAGCUGAGCUUGAAGCUGAACUUGAGAGAUUAGGUUUGAACAUGAAUACAUCUAGCCUGGAUAGAAGACUAUCUGAUUUUGUUGAGCUUGACCCGGAAUUUGAAGCAGAUUUUGCUCAAGGCGAGUUGCAAAUUGACAUGGUCAGUUGGAAAGCUUUUGCACAUCGAAAAUCAAAUGACGAUGCUGGUGACAUUUCCACACCUCUUCCCACAACUUAUGCUGUUUCUCCUCAUGAACUGAGCCUGCGUUUGCAUGAAGUUAUACAAUCUAGACUUGAGGAACGCGUGAAGGAGCUUGAGAUUGCUCUUGAAAACAGCCAGAGGAAGGUGAAAAUGACAGAAUCCAAGCUCAAUGGUCGUUAUCAGAGGAAGUUCCCAGGCUGUAGACAGGCAUCCCCCUUUACAGGAGAGGCUUCAUCGGUUGAUGAGGAGUGGGAGCAUCCUCUUGUUCUGAACUUAUCAGGUGAAGCACUGGAUGCUUAUAAUGAGGCUUAUGAAGAGUUAGUAAAGAGAGAUGACUCAGAAGAGAAUUCACCAUCAGGCAUUUACAAUAUUGGCCCUAAAGAAGGUUCACAUGGUCGGCGUGCAUUGGAUUUUCAACUUAGUGGAGUAAAUGGUUCUGUAACUCAUUCCUCAGUUAAAAUGUCAGGAGAAAUUACUUCAAGCAAGGUGACAAUGUUGGAAGGCCAAAGCUCAGGUUUAUCUAAAUUAAAUGUUAAUGUAGGUGAAAAUAGUGGUCUUGAUUAUGAGAUGGAGUUGAUCAGGAAAAUCGUUGAGAGGACUAAGAAAGGUUCUCCUGUCUUUCAGAAUGCACAGAGGAUAUUGCAUUCAACGGAUUAAGAUGAAUUUUGAUUCAAAAGCUGUAUAUUUUAGUAGGAAUUGAAGGUGAUCCUCCCGGAGAUUUUGAUCCCUUUCACUGAAUCCCUCUUUGAGAAAUUGAGGGAAAACUAGUUUACUCUGUGUGUGUGUGUGUUUUUUUUUUCUUUUCUCUUUUUUCUUGGGAGGGGGGAGGAAAAUUUCAACAUUUCCCCCCUCCUCUUCCGUUCGAUUAGGUUAAUAGAAAUAAAACCUUAUGAAUGAAGAUACCCAUUAAUACUC